AUGAGCCAGUCGACAGGAAAGCUGCAUGGCAGGGCUUUCUACGAGAGCAUCGGCUGUCCCAAGCUGAUCCUGGCGCCCAUGGUCGAGCAGAGCGAGUUUGCAUGGCGAUUGUUGACGCGCUCAUUCCUUCCGCCUGAGCAGAACAAGCAGCUUCUUGCCUACACGCCCAUGUUCCACGCUCGCUUGUUCCACGAGAAUCAAAAGUACCGCGAAACCCACUUUCAACCCUUGAAGAGCUCCAUGCCCGACACGCCUCUCCCUCACCCUCUCUCCGACUCGGACCGAAACGACCGUUAUCUUGACGGCAACCACGAAACCGACCGUCCUCUGUUCGUCCAAUUCUGCGCAAACGACCCCGACGAUCUGCUCGCUGCUGCCCGUCAUGUCCAGCCCUUCUGCGACGCCGUCGAUCUCAACCUUGGCUGCCCUCAGGGUAUCGCACGCAAGGGUCACUACGGCUCCUUUUUGCAGGAAGACUGGGACCUGAUCCACAGACUCAUCAACAACCUCCACCAGAAUCUCGACAUUCCCGUCACUGCAAAGAUGCGCAUCCUCGAGACGCGCGAAAAGACGCUUGAUUAUGCAAAGAUGAUCUUGUCCGCCGGUGCCAGCAUCAUCACCGUUCACGGCCGCCAACGCCAUCAGAAGGGUCACAACACUGGCUUGGCUGACUGGUCUGUCUUGCGUUACCUGAGGGACAACCUGCCUCCGGAUACAAUUAUAUUCGCCAAUGGUAACAUUCUACGCCAUGAAGACAUUCCUGCCUGUCUCGAGGCUACCGGUGCCGACGGUGUCAUGAGUGCCGAAGGGAACCUCUACGAUCCGGCCGUCUUCGCCCAGCCUCCUCCCCUGGGUCAAGAAGGGAGUGAAUAUUGGCGAGGAAGAGACGGGAAGGGUGGCUACCGCAUGGAUGCCGUUCUUAGACGCUACAUGGACAUCAUCCACAGAUAUGUGCUUGGCCAGGAUCCUCCCGCACGGCAGCCUUUGUUCAUGCCUGAACAUGCCGAUCAGACAGCUGACGCCCCUGUCCCACAUGUGGAUAUCGACCAUGUCUCUGCACAGAAGAGACCCGCCGAGGACGAAGCUGGCACCACUCCCGAUGCCGACGCGACCCACCAUCUUGAUGGCCAACCUCAAGCGAAGAGGCAGAAACAGACAAAAGGCGAAAGUCGCAAGAAGACCGAGAAGUGCUCGAAUCCCAAUCUCACCCCUAUGCAGGCUCACCUCUUCCAUAUGCUCCGGCCAUUGGUAUCCAAGCACACCAACAUUCGGGAUGCCCUCGCUCGUUGCCGUGCUGGCGACAUUGUGGCUUACGAAAAUGUUCUUAGCAUGGUGGAGGCUGCAGUCAAGGAGGGUUUGCUCGAGUAUGAAGCCGCUACGCCCGGAGAAGCUCAAACAGAACCACAGAUCAGACCCGAAAUCGACCCAACGAAAGAUGAGAGCUCGCUGGCUUCAGUCGCGUGGUGUAAAAGGCCAUGGUUCAUCUGUCAGCCAUAUGUGCGACCACUACCAAAGGAAGCCAUUGAAAAGGGAUCGAUGCAGUUGACCAAGAAAGAAAAGGAGCGUUUGGAGCGUGAGAAAGAGGAGAACAAACAAGUCGGUCUCGUUCCAGAAGGCAGAGUUGAGACGCAGGAGAACAACGGCGAGAAGGUGGAAGUGCCAAAAGAGGGCAUGGUCUGUGGAUAA